AUGUUCAGUGGUACCCGUGAUCGCGUAAGUCCACAAGCAGUACAAGAUCUCAUGGAACUAUGUCGAUUAGGUGGUGGUCGACGUGCUGUCAGUCCAGAGAGCAUCAAAAGUAGUCGAUCGCCGUCGCCACCCACUAGUAGUGGAAGAGCUUCCCCAGCAAUGUCAUCGCUUUCCUCGUUAUCUCGCUUGAAAGUGACGUCAUCUUCGUUUGGUGGCGGCAUGCGGAAGCUGUCAUCCUCUCCGCAUCUGCUGGGAAUUUGCGAGGAAGGAGAAGAUGUGGACGCUAGCACAGCACAGCUUCUUACAACAGCUCGAGAUGGAUCUACUAGGUCGAAUAGGUCGUCUUCAACGGGACUGUCGCAUUUGCGUCAUGGAGCCAUUCAGGCGACAAAGAGUACUGGUGCUCAUACGCAGCCAACGUAUAGUUCGGUGCGCAUGAUUCGCCCACGUCAUGCAGUAGUAUCACCAGAUGUUUGCAGGCGUUAUGACCAGCAUCAGAGGCUUAUCGCACGUAGUCGUCGUAGCACAAGGUUUGCUAUUCUG